GAGCGGCCGGUGCCCAGCUGGCUCCUGCGUCAGACUGGCGCAGGCUGCCUGAUGCAGGGGCCGCUGUUGCCGCAGUGAUGUCAGAGGCUCCUCAAGAAUAUAACUCCGUCUUUCUUGUCACCGAUGGCACUUUCGUCAACAACAUCCUGGAGAGUCUCGGCCACGUGACAGGCCUGUCUGGUGUUGCUGUCAUGGAAGUGUUGCCAGAUCAGGGGUUUAACGUCACCAUGAAACGUACGGUUACACUGAUUCGCCAGAUGAGGAGGUCUUCCAGGGGCGUGACCGUGGUCGUGGCGAGCGAAAAUCCCGACUUCCUCAGCGCCUUCGCCGAAUUGGCCGACGACGGGCGCCUGACGGUGUGGGAGAACAGGGUCCUCGUGGUGACGAGACUUGAGCGGCAGAAGUUCUUGGAUCUCAUGAAGGACCUCUGGGUUCUGUCCAUGCUGAACACCAUGCUGCUUAACGUAGACGUUGACACGGAUGCUUUGAGGUAUGGUGUGUACAGCCAUUUCCCUUACGGUCCAGGUGGUGCCCAGACGGUGCGCGUUGCCACCUGGACGCCUCGCGAAGGAUUAGUACUCCUCACGGAUCAUCCUCUGUUUCCAGAAAAAUACACUGACUUCCAUGGCGCGCCCAUCCCCCUAGCCCUGUGGCCCUUCGCGCCCUACUGGGAGGAGACGAAAACUGUGGCACCAAAUGGCACUGAAUCGACGAAGAUCUCUGGCAGAGCUUUCCUCAUCCUGGACACCAUCGCCAACUACCUCAAUUUUACCAUCGGCGAAAGACUACCUUCUUCUUCCCCUACAGACCUGAUGAGCCAAUUAUUCAACCGUCAAGCCUUGGUCAGCCCCAUGAAACUGGCUCUCUUGCCCCACCUGGCUCUGCGUUACGACUACACCUUCAUGAUCGAGGAAGCCACGCUCACGUUCUGCAUGGCCAAGCCCGAGCUGAAGCCCCGAUGGCAAAACCUCUACUACCCUCUUGGCGACAGUGUAUGGGCCUCUAUCUUGGCUCUGCUUGUUAUAGUGCCUGCGACGUUUUUCUUGAUAACCAAAUUCAGGAUGGAGAGCGGAGCGAGGAGGAGAUUCAGCCCCAUCGUGGCGGCGCAACAGGUGCUGGGGACGCUGCUCGCCCAGAACUUCUCGCUCCGCCUCCCCUCCGCUUCUUCGACCCGCAUCCUGGUGGCUUCCUGGCUCGUGGUCGCCUUCAUCCUGGGCUCGGCCUACCGCGGCAACCUCACCGCCUUCCUCACCAUCCCCAAGCAUCCUCCCCGGGUCGAAGGCCUCAGGGACCUCCUCCAAACUCCCGCUAAAGUUAUCAUGCCUUCGGACCUCCGCCUUAACUUCUACACAACAUUCAAGGAAUCGAAUUCCAGCAUGUCCAAGGAAUUUAUUGAGAGAACGUACUUUGUCGACACCCACCUGGAGGGCAUGCAACAGGCACUCAAGAAGAAAGAAGCAUUCGUAUACGAGCGUCUCUUCACUGAACUGAUGAUCAUCAAAAACUUCACCAACGUCGACGGAUCGACACCCAUGUACGUGGUGAGGGAGAACCUCGUCCCUGGUUAUUCUGCUUGGCUUUUGCACCGCGACAUGCCCUUCAAGCGCAAUCUGGACAGGUGUAUCUUGGCUUUCCAUGAGUUUGGUCUGAUCAAGCGCUGGAGCAAGAUCACGCUGGACGGGGAGAAGCAGCGGUACCUCAAAGGGCGUCGCCAGCAGGAAACACAACAGACAGAAGUCCAGGAGAAGAGAACCCGCGGCGACGCUCUUCAGCCUCUCUCCCUCCUGCACCUCCAGGGUCCCAUCUUCCUCCUUGUGGUCGGCUUUGCUCUCGGCGCCGUCGUAUUUCUGCUGGAGGUCCUCCUGCCUUUUGUCGGGGUGGUCGGCGACAGCUCGAGCAAGCCCUCCGCCUCGGCUGGAUGAAGGCGCCUAAAGUGCGUACCACAGUGGAAUUCGAAACGGCUUUUGCUUUGAACCUUUUUUAUGCUUGGUACACCACUUACACAGACUCAUCCUGGCCCGCAUUUAAUAGUAAGUUUUGCA